UGCAGGUUACCUGUUGCAAUCAGUCCUGGGCACAACAGUGAUCCCGUUAUGUGGGCCUGGUGAAAUGGAAAACUGCACGACAGCACUAAUCCAGACAGAGAACAGUCCACGUGUGGCUCAAGUUGGGAUAACUAGAUGCAAGCCUGAAAUGAAAGACUACUGCUUCCACGGACAGUGCGUGUACAUAGUGGACUUGGAUGAGCACUAUUGCAGGUGUGACGUAGGCUUCUCUGGUGUCCGAUGUGUGCAUUCAGAACUUGUCAGACAACCCCUCAGUAAGGAGUAUGUGGCACUGACAGUUAUCGCAGUUCUGCUUUUCCUCAUCGCUGUCUCUAUUGCAAGCUACUACAUCUGCAGAAGGUACCGGAGCAAGAAGAGACAAACUAACACCAGCGAAUACAAGGAAGUUGGUGCCCUGUAGAAGAAAUGUUGGCUUCCUACAGUGUUCUGUUCAUCUGGAUGGACUCAGUGGCUUCCUAUCUAUUUAAAUGUUAUUUUUAUUAACAAUAUUUACAAUAUUUAUAUCCUUUUAAAGAUUUCAAUUGUUUGGUGAUCCAAUCAGUAUAGGUCAAGCAUUUUAUUUUCAGUGUUUUAUUUUUUUAUUAAAUAAUAUUUCCUAAUGAGAACCCAACCUAAGUGGUUCUGUGGGAUAGAGAUAUAUUUUUAUAAAAUCUCAUCUGCUUACUCUGAAGAGUAAUUUUAUAUUUAUUCUUGUGAAUAUGCUCAAAACAAUUCUACUCCUUGAAAUAAAAGUUCUAGACAAA